AGGUAGAGACUAAGACUAAUAAAAUAAUAAUAUACUACCUAGCAUGCUUGUUCGCUCCAUUGUAUACUAUAACAGGUAGUCAGUCACUUAUAUGGUUCACAUACUACCUAACUAAUUCAACUCCGCGUUUGUGUCCCUACUAGAAACUAAAUAGUAGUAAAGAAAGCAAACCACUUACACAUUCAUCAAGUUUAAAUCAACUCUAGCUCCAACCAAGACAACAAUCAAAAUGGUCCGCCCAGAACUCUCCAAAAACCGCUCCCUAACAAUCCUCAACAAAGCCCGCGAUGGCGGAUACGCCGUGCCAGGGAUGUGCUGCUACAACAUCGAAUCAAUAAUCGCCACCGUCCGCGCCGCCGAAGCAGCCCGAUCCCCAGCCAUGGUACUCCUCUUCCCCUGGGCCAUCGAAUACGCCGGCGCAUCUCUCGUGCGCGCCGCUGCCGAUGCCGCGCAUAACGCCAAAGUGCCCGUCAGCCUACACUUGGACCACGCGCAGACACCGGAGCUAGUGCGUCGGGCCGCAGAUAUCGAAGAUGGCUUCGACAGCAUCAUGUGCGAUAUGAGCCACUAUGAGAAAGAUGAGAACCUAGCGCUGACUCGGGAAUUAUCCGUGUACUGCCACGAGCGCGGGAUUACCACCGAAGCCGAGCCCGGCCGGAUCGAGGGUGGAGAAGACGGCGUGGCGGAAACUGCCGAUCUAGAAGCCAUUCUAACAACUCCCGAACAGGCAGAAGAGUUUGUGGCCACAGGUAUCGAGAUGCUGGCGCCGGCCUUCGGCAACGUGCAUGGGGAGUACGGGCCACGGGGGAUUCAGCUAGAGUACGAGCGAUUAGAAUCGAUCAACAAGGCAGUAGGCGACCGUGUGCGAUUAGUCCUACACGGCGCGGAUCCCUUUACCGAGGACAUCUUUAAGCGAUGUAUCAAGGCGGGCGUGUCUAAGGUCAACAUCAAUAAGGGUAUGAACAAACACUACGCCGCCGUGCAGGAGGAGAUGCAGGGGAAGCCCCUCACCAGCGUCAUCGAGGCGGGUACCGACAGGAUGCAGGCUGCUAUCGAACAGUAUAUGCAUUGGCUCGGUAGCGCCGGCAAGGCGUAACGAGGCGUGAAGAGGCGUAAGGGAGAGAGUUUAGAGUAUUGAACAAACAUUAUAUCGGGUUUCUAUAGACAGGGAUACAUCUUGUUAAUGCUUAAGCGAGUUUCUUGUCUUAUCAUCCGCAGUAAGCAAGCAGGCAAGCAGACAAGCAGGCAAGCAGGUCAAAAUAAAAAUCUGACCACCAAACUUCAUAAUGCCUCAUUUCAUG